AUGAGCGACUCGCUCGAUGAAGAGAUCGCACAAGUCAGAGCCGAAAUCCAAGCCUUGACUCAGCGGCGCAAACUCUUGGCCUCCUCUCUCCUCUCAACGACAAAAGUCCAAAGUCGUCUAUCCCGACUUCGAGACACUGCCGACUCCGCCGCGCCAAAUCCAAAUAUCGUUGCCCUUCUUGAGACCGCAACAACACGAUCUCAAUACAACGUCCACCGCCUAGCCUUCGGCGCGACAUCGUUCCCCUUCCACGACCCCAGUCCCGAACUGCAGUCCAAGAAUCCCCUGUUAGGAAUCAGGAUCGACAUAUGCGACCGUACCGGCCGGUUCGAUAGUCCUUACUAUAUCUUCUGUGUACGAACUGGUACUGGUACCGGAACCGGGACCGGGAAUGGGAAUGGGAACAGGAAUAGGAACGGGACAGGAGACGGCAGGACGAGUGACGACGACCUACGCAUCCACCGCCACACAAUCCCCGCGCUGGUCCCGCUGCAGGACUAUGAGAAGCGAUACCUACCGCUUCCGGACGAAGGGUACGGAAGUGCAGAGGAUUCAAUCAUGACAACAGCAAAUAAUGAAGGAGACAAUGACGGUCCAAGAACACAGGAUCUGCAUGGGCUUGUCGAGCGAGUCCGUCACGACCUGAUUGCUUGGAGACUGAGACAAGAGGCGAUCGAUUUGCUGCGCGAGGAACUUGGACUCCCGAUUCCAAAGGCAAAGUCUCAUGACAUCCCCAACCCCAACGAAGAUUCCAAAAGUAUGAAACAAAAUAUCCCAGAUGACGACGACGAUAAUGAUGACCCCGAAGACGAAAACAUGGAUGGGAGUGACGACGACGGGGCCUCCCAUGAUCCAGUCGGUCUUUUUGGUGUUCGCGAAUUCUCCGCUGUGAGUGUAGAUGCUCGUCAAAUCCGAAUCAUCUGGGCCGAUGGACGCGUUGCUCGACUCAGAAUCACAGAAGAAGGGAGGAUAGAGAAGGUCGUCGUCAUCGGUCUGGACGGACGGAUGCGAGAUCAAGAGCGAAUAUUGAUGGAUGGGAUUCCAAUGCUUCGUGAGCUGGGUGAGCGUUUGGAGGAAGUUGAACGGCAUCAGAACGCGUUAACGCGGCGCCGGCACAGUUAA